CUAUUGAACACAGCUAAUGUUUAUUUAGCAACACUGCCGUCAGUCGAACAAAAAGUCAGUCAACAAUCGCAUUUUGUUGUGGUUUGGUCGAUCUCGUAAGCAACAACUGUUUUUGAGCAAAAUCACAGAAAAACUUUCGUUUGAUUCCACCGGCAUCAAUCCGGUAAAAUGAAUAAUUCGGACAUUGACAGUGUGUGCCGCUUGUGCUGCGAGAAGAAGAGCCGCAUGCGGUCAAUUUUCGAACAACCGCCGCCAAACGAUCCACUGCAGAAGAUAAUCCUGGAUGUUGCACGGCUUGAGGUCGAGCCAGAAGAUGGUCUGCCACAGAAUAUCUGUAGAACGUGCGUUAUCACCGUGGUUAAGAUGCGCGAUACCAUCUGCAGCUAUCAGGCAAACGAUUUAAAGCUUCGACAACAGAUUCUGGGUUCAGCACUGCAGCCACAGUUUGAAAUCAAGGAAGAAGAGGUCGAUUUGGACCAGCUGGAGGAAACCUGCCAACAGGACGUAAUUGCAGAGGCUAUCUGCGUAAAGCAGGAGUUAGACGAAGAAUAUCUUGACUAUGAACGACUGGAAGAAGGCACAGAGUUUCAAUUAUCAACUGAGGAGCAAAAGCCGACAGAAGCAUAUGAUUCUGAAACUGACACUGCGGAUGAAGCAAUUCAUUGUAUGUCCGAAGAAAAGAAAAAAGAAAAGGUGAUGCCUAAGGUACCUCCUGAAAAAGAAGCCAGGAAUAACUUGAAUAAUCGACAAAUGGCACGACGUCGUUAUUAUGCAGAUAACGAGGAUCCCGACCGUCCACGAAAGAAUGAUAACAAAUGCUACGUUUGCAUGAGUGACUCUUUUGGAACACAAGAAGCCCUGUGUGCUCAUUUGAACAGUGCUCAUCAGGAUCUGUUGCCUUACACUUGCCCGGAAUGUGUGAUGGAGACGGUUGUCAUUAAAACUAUACUAACGCUGAAUAGUCACAGAAAGCAACAUUUGAAUCCGGAAAAAUGUCCACAUUGCGAUAAGCGGUACACUCAUAAAAAUAACCUCGACAAACACAUCGAACUGCACCAUUCAGCUGACAAUUCUCGAACUUCGCUGACGUGCAAAUAUUGCGAAGAAGUGUAUCCUUCAAAGACCUCGCUAAGACACCACAUGAAGUUACACACAACUGCAGUGACCUGUGAAAUUUGCGGGAAGGUGUUUAAGGAACGAUGCAAACUUAAAAAGCACAUUCAGAACAAACACGAAAAGCUGAAGAAAUUCGAGUGUCCUAUCUGUAAGACAAAGCUCUCCACGUUAGACAGUGUUCAACUACAUAUUAAAACGUUUCAUUCUACUAAACGCAAAUGCAGUUACUGUCCGAAGAAGUUUGGCUCGGAAGGAUCACUGCGUACCCACGAGAAAAAGCACCUCGAAAGACCUGAUUUCGCACCGAAAAAGGAAUGGUCGGAUUACUACACUGUGCUGGACAAAGACAAAUCUAUUCACAGAUCGUACAAGCUCAAAAAGUGCAAGCUGUGUGGAGUAGUGACUAGCAACAUUGCCACCCAUCUGGGCAUCCAGCAUUUCCCGACUGAAUAUCAAUGUAAAAUCUGCGACAUGACUUUCAAACGGAAGCGUGGCUACGUUGUCCACGUUCAAGAACACGAGCACGGGAAGGCCCAACGGUGUCCUAUUUGUGGGCGGGAGUUCUCCGAAAGAAAGCAUCUGAUAGAACACCUUCGGACCAAGAAGCAUCGGAACCAUCCGUUGGCUCGGGAAAUCCUCAGUACGGUUAGAACGGCACAAAAUGCGAUAUCAAAGCCAGAGGAUACGAAGUUGGAGGUCAAAGACGAGAGUAAAAAGGAAGAUGUGCAGCUUGCUUUUGAUAUCGAGACGGAUAAUGUCAUGUAAGUUUUCCAAUCCAACCAAUAUGUUGUGUGAAACUAGUUUAAUAAACUAACUAGCGAUUGUUA